AUGUUUUGGAAUACAUCAAAAACUUUUACAAAUCUCUUUACAAAGCUGAACCAAUUGACCUCCAAGCAGCAGAAGAGCUACUCAGAAAUGCUCCUCUCAUCUCACAAGACCAAAAUGAUAUCCUAGUUAAACCC